AUGUCAUCACAAAAGUUCUACCUCGUCGGCGACUCGCUGUCAACCGCCAAAGACAUUUCAGCAGAACCAGCAUGGAAACUUGAGACUUUGAAGAAGGCCGUUGGUCAGGCUUUCAAUGUUGCCGUGCCUGCAGGCAUCACCUUUCACCACUUGGACUCGAAAAAGGAGCUCGAAGACACAGAGGCCGUUCUCUCGUGUUCUGAGCCGGUCGGUCUCCGUAUCGACGGCUCGGCGGUUGCUGCUCCCUCGGGCCCAGAGGGUCUCCCGAUUGUCGGAUCCUUUUACGAAAUCUUCCCAGACCACCUCGGCAACCACUGGCGACUGUUCCGCAAGUACGGCCAUGUCAUCAAGACGACCAACAUGGGCAAGACGACCUACCUCACCGACUCGCCCGAGGUGGCCCAGGUCGCCCUGAUGGAGUCCCCCUUCUUCACCAAGCUCAUCAACGAGAACCACCCCCUGCGGGGCAUCAAGGACAACACGGCCAUUUUCCUGGGCGAUACCGAGACCGACAACUGGCGUUUGGCCCACAAGUUUGUGCCGCCUGCCAUGGGCCCCAAGGCCGUCCGCCACUACACACCACUCAUGCAGAGCUGCGUGCGCAGCAGUUUCAAGGUCUUUGACGAGAUGGACUCGAGGGGAGAGGCCUGGAACGUGUACCAAUACAUGGUGAAGCUGGCCUCCCAGACCAUUGGAAAGUUUGCCCUGGGCAUGGACUUUGGACACAUGGACGGCGUCGACGCCCCCACCCACCCGCUGGUUUCCAACAUUGUCAACCUCCUCAGUCUGAACAAAAAGGUCACCACUAGAGGCGAGUGGUACAAGGCCCUGCCGUGGGGCGACGCUGCCAAGCUCAAGGAGGUGCAGAGAGUGACAUACGGUAUGCUCGAGGAGGCCAUUGCCAAGGCCCCCAGUGCCGGUGGUAUGGAUGGUCUCUCUUUGAACGACGCAGCACUAAAGGCUUCUUGUGUGGCCGACUACUUGAACCACGCCGUCGACGAGACGGGCCAGCGUUUCCCCAAGGGACUCGUCCUGUCCAACAUGCUGGUGGUCACGGCCGCCGGAUACACAACCACCUCGUCCAUGUUGUCAUGGAUGAUUUACUGCCUGGUCACCUACCCCGAGAUCCAGGACAAGCUGCUGCAGGAGCUGGUCAACUACGACGUGAGCAACGAGGCGACCUGGACGCCGGACCUGGCGCACAGCCUGCCGUACCUCGACAAGGUCAUCAAGGAGGCCCAGAGACUGCACAAUGCGUCGUUCCAGCCGGGACGCACGACCAAGCAGGAGGUGGUGCUGCCGGGCGGCUACCGUCUGCCCAAGGACAGCACCGUCAUCCCGGCCCUCUACGCCAUCCACACCAACCCCGAAGUGUGGCGGGACCCCAUGCGCUUCGACCCGGACCGGUGGGACACGGAAGAGGUCAAGAACCGCCACCGCGCCGCCUACAUUCCCUUUGCCACGGGGCCCCGCGGCUGCAUUGGCUUCAACUUUGCGCUGCUUGAAAUCAAGAUUCUGCUCUCGGAGCUCAUCUACCGCUAUGAGUUUUCCAGGGAAGGUAUGGAGGCAGUCGAGUACGAUCCCGAGUUCCAGCUUAUCCGGCCUCUAAACCUGUACGUGACGGCACAAAGGAGGACAAGUUGGCCAGCCAAGGCUGCCAAAUGA